UUUUUUUUUUUUUUUUUAUUUCAAAUUUAGAUGGAAGGUUGUACCUUUUCUUUUGUUUUCAGUUGAACUUUCUUUUUCCUUGCUUUAAAUAUAGUUUAGAUUCCUGUUAUCUAGAGGAUUCCUCUUAUUGCCCUUAGAAAAAAGUUUAUCGAACAUGUCUAGUACAGCACCAACAGCAUCGGCAGCAGAAGCUCCAGAACUCCAAGUAACUCAACCAACUCCUCAAAAAGAACCAAAAGAGUUUCUCAGUGCUAAAGACGUUGAAAACCAAGGUACCUUUAACGAAGAGGAAGAUAAUGAUGAAACCAUAACAUACCAACCCGGUAGUACCGAAGAACCAAAAUUACCAACCUCUAACAACGAUAACGAUAGUAACCAUCUCCAAAACCCUAAAGAACGUGCUUCCAACGAUGAUUCCUUGUCUGAUGACCAUUCUUCCGUCAGUUACGCCAACAGUGGGUACCAAAGGGAUUCUAAUGACUGUACCGAGUUUUGUAUCGAAUUCAUGACUUGUUUCGGUUUGUUGGCUGCUUGUUGUCCAAACGACGGAGAAGGUUGUCUCACUAAUGCUGCCACCAUCUGUGGUAACAUCUUGGUUGGUUGUUGUAAAUGUUAAUGACUUUUUCACUUUUUCUUCAACUAUUCUUUUGCAUAUUUGCAAUUUCUUCAUAUUCCAUAUUGACAAAUCGGCACCCCCCGAUUUAACUUAUUCUAAUAACUAAUAUUUACUUCUCUGUACACUAAUUCUUAAUACUUACGUCUACGA